AUGGCACCUUCCCGGCAGAACAAGAAGGCGCUCAGGAUGGCGAAGGAGCGCAUGUACGCCAUCAUCGACCACGCCACCGCCGAGAACCUCUCUGCCCCCAACUUUGCCCUGUACACCGACAUCGCCUCCGCCAUAUCUGGGGGCACAGAGCCGCAGUACAUGGCCAACAAGGCCUGCAAGCAGCUCAAAAAGAGGUUGCAGUGCAAGAGGGGCCAUGUGCAGACCCUCGCCCUGCAGCUGCUGGAGCAUUGUGUGCGCACCUGCGGCGAGCCCUUCCACAAGGAGCUGGCCGUGAGCGAACUGCUGCCGGAGCUGGUCCGCCUCUCCGACCGCUCGGCCUGGUGCCCGCCCGAGGUCCAGCAGCACGUGUUGGCACUGCUGCAGGAGUGGGCCUACACGCUGCGCCCCUCCCAGUUCGUGAACAGCUACAACAAGCUCAAGUCGCGGGGCAUGACCUUCCCGCCCCGCUCCGGCGAGCACGCGCCCAGCGGCAACUUCCAGCCCUACCCCGGCCUGUCCCCCGGCCCGCCGCCCGACACGGCACCCCCCGGGUCGGGGCGCACCAACCCCGCCGCCGACCUGUUUGGCGCAGGGGAUGGCGGGCACCCAGGCUCGCCGCUGGGCACGCCCGGGCGUGGCCUGGCGCUGCUCUCCCCCGACCAGCCCCCCGCCAAGAUCCAGGCCGACCUGGAGGUGGCGCGCAACACGGUGGCCCUGCUGGGCGAGGCCGCCAGCAACCCCUUUGGCGGCGGCGGCGGCAGCGGCGUGCAGGCGCCGGCGCCCAGCAACCCCUUUGCCUCGGCGAACGACGCCGGCACGAGCAACGGCAACGGCCCCUCCAUGCACGCGCCCGCCCCUGCGGGCGGCACAGACGCGUUUGGCGAGUCCUGGGGCGUGCCCGCGCCCGCACCCCCGGCGGCGCUGUACCCCGCCCUGUACUCGCCGCCCGGGGGCGACCAGGCCCCGGCCAGCUCGGCUGGGGUGUCCGACGCCUUCAGGGACCUCCUGAGCCUGCAGAAGAAGGCGGAGGAGGCGCCGCCCCCACCCAAGGGUUCGCCGAUGCGCAGGAACCAGAACGUGCACGCGGCGACCUCCCCCACCUCCAACGGCGCAGAUGCCUUCAGUGCCUUUGACUCCGUGCCGCAGAUGGGGCAGGCUCCGCCCAAGAUCUGA